CUCGCACCUGCCACCGCGCGGAUACCAUGUCGAAGGCGGCCGGAAGCGGAGCGGCGGCGGCGGCGGAAAGUUGUCCCCCAGCCUCUGCUGGCCCAUCUGCGGCCGUGGAGGACCUGUCCAAAGUGUCGGACGAGGAGCUGCUGCAGUGGAGCAAGGAGGAGCUGAUCCGCAGCUUGCGGCGCGCCGAGGCCGAGAAGGUGAGCGCGAUGCUGGACCACAGCAACCUCAUCCGCGAGGUGAACCGCCGCCUGCAGCUGCACCUUGGCGAGAUCCGCGGGCUCAAGGAUAUCAACCAGAAACUGCAGGAGGACAACCAGGAACUGCGGGACCUCUGCUGCUUCCUGGAUGACGACCGGCAGAAAGGCAAGAGGGUGUCCCGGGAGUGGCAGAGACUGGGCCGCUUCACGGCCGGGGUGAUGCACAAGGAAGUGGCCUUAUACCUGCAGAAGCUGAAGGAGCUGGAGGUGAAGCAGGAGGAGGUGGUGAAGGAGAACAUGGAGCUCAAGGAGCUCUGCGUGCUGCUGGACGAGGAGAAGGGCGCGGGCUGCGCGGGCAGCCGCUGCUCCAUCGACAGCCAGGCCAGCCUGUGCCAGCUCACCGCCUCCACCGCACCCUACGUGCGGGACGUGGGCGACGGCAGCAGCACCUCCAGCGCAGGCAGCACCGACAGCCCCGACCACCACAAGCAGCACGCGAGCGGCGGCAGCCCCGAGCACCUGCAGAAGCCGCGGGCGGAGGGCAGCCCCGAGCACACCAAGCACAGGAGCACCAGCCCAGAGCACCUACAGAAACCCAGAGCCCCCGGGACCCCAGAUCACCCCAAAGCACUCAAAGGACCCAGCCCCGAGCACCACAAACCCCUGUGCAAGGGCAGCCCUGAACAGCAAAGGCACCCGCACCCAGGCAGCAGCCCGGAGACGCUGCCCAAGCACGUGCUGAGCGGGAGCCCCGAACACUUCCAGAAGCACAGAGCCGGGGGCAGCCCCGAGCACGCCAGGCACAGCGGGGGGAGCCCAGAGCACCUGCAGAAACACGCCCUCGGUGGCAGCCUGGAGCACCUCCCCAGGGCCAGGGGCACCAGCCCGGAGCACCUCAAACAGCAUUACGCGGGGAGCCCUGACCACAAACAUGUGGGCGGUGGAGGCGGCGGAGGAGGCAGCAGGGAGGGCACCCUCCGAAGACAGGCGCAAGAGGAAGUGUCGCCCCAUCACCGGAAUGUCUACAGUGGCAUGAACGAAUCAACCUUGUCCUAUGUUAGGCAGCUGGAGGCAAGAGUAAGACAGCUGGAGGAAGAGAAUCGCAUGCUGCCCCAGGCCACCCAGAAUAGAAGGCAACCUCCAACUAGAAACAGCUCAAAUAUGGAGAAAGGCUGGGGGCCCAGAGCCCGGCGGGUCUUGCAGUGGUGGCAAGGGUGCCGAGGAAUAGGACGCUGCCUGCCCACUCUCCCGGGUUCUUUUAGGUUGUCAUCAGGGGCUGAUGGGAAUAACAGUUCACCCAACUCUCCAGCUAGCUUCAGUGGACAUACCACACCUUCUCAGCAGCCUGAACCCGUGGUACACUCUCUUAAGGUCUUGGAUGUUCAGGAAACUAUAGAUCGUCAACAGGGUAAAGAGUAUGAACAGGACCUUAGUGAGACAGAAAAAGCUAUAGUCAGAGAAAUGUGCAAUGUUGUGUGGAGGAAACUUGGAGAUGCUGCAGGUUCGUGUCCUGGGAUUAGGCAGCACUUGUCUGGCAACCAGUACAAAGGACCAAUGUGAGAAACACUCUUUCAAACACGAGGUCACCACUGCCAGGAAGAGGUAACGGGAAAGAAGAAGAAAAGAGUGGAUUUCCGCAAACCUGAACUCAUGGAGUGAUUGCACAUAUUUUCCCUCUAAAACCUUUAGUAUAACUAAAGCUGUAUUUUAUGUCUCUCGCUUUGAUGUCUACAAUAGUCAAUUUCAAACAAGGUAGCUUUGAAAGUCACCAUUUUGGUACCAAUAUUUUCAUUAGAACUAAAACGUUUUUGACUCCUUAGCUUAUAAUUGGGAAAAACGCAUGAUUGGAAGGGUACAGUAGAGCCUUGGUGGUUGAUAGAGUUGACUCAUUACAUUUAAUGCGAAAGUAAGAAGAGGUAGUAUCUUCCAGCUUCCCAAGUUUGAGACUUGAGUACCUAAUUGUUACAUUUUAGUCAACAAAAUACUAGUUCCUGCCGCACAAUUUAGAUGCAAGGUAAGAUAAGGUUUCUGGGGUUUUGUUUUGAGGUGCUAAAAUGUCACAUAAAUUCUCCUUAACAGCUGGUAGCAAGACUUUAUAUAGAGUGAUUAUCAGAGAGUACCACUUAUUUCAAGUGAUCAAAUAAAUAUAUCUUUUCUUUUAAUCUUGAUGUAUUUUUCAUGAAGACACGCCUUGGGGGACAUGUCCAUAUUCAUUCAGUGUACCCAUUGAUGUUAAUAUUACCAAUUUCAAUUGAAGAACAAGCAAACAUAAUUUUUCUAAGUGUUUUCAGCUGUGAGAUGUCAAUUUCUACAAUUUAGUUUCUAGACAUGCUGUUAUAUUUAAUAAACUUCAUGUAAACUUUAAAAUAUUGCACUGCAUUUAUGAAAAGCUUUCUUUGUCUACAGCAGCUAUCUAAUGUUUUAUGAAACUGGCGCAUGCCCUUGAUUAUUGAGGCUAAAAGCUUUGUUCAGGCUGCUUGAGGUUUGAAAAAGAGGUGUGCUAGCUUUGCUUAGUUUCUUAUUUUUGGUAUAUAUAAUAUUAGACUGUGUGUAUUGGAAAUGCUAUGAUAGGUAUUUUGUGUUUAUUCAAAUGCAAUGACAGUUUCCUGUAUGAAUGUGCAAAAGGCCUGUGACAGAAUGCUAAGUUUUUACUGUGGUUUAAGAUUUUAAAAGUAGGAAUGCAACAAUUCCCAGUUUUCAGAUUUCUUCUAAAUUAUUCUAUUGUUGUUUUUAAAUGGGCUCAUUAGCUUAAUAAUUGUCAGUUUUUAGAAUGUUGUGAUGAAAAACCAGUACUUUGCUUUCAGAAAACAUUUAUGAAUUAAUUUACUAUAGAAUAAUCUCUAAUUCUCAUAAUUGGAUUACCAUUUAAGGCCAUCUUUCCUUUAUAUCUUUUAAGUAUUACUACUUUGUAAAAGAAAAUUGCUUGCUUUGUUUACACCUUCUCUUGUUAGAAAAAAAGUUUUCAUCCUUACGUUGUUGUAUUCCUACACUCUGAAGACAUUUAAAAUAAGUUUUUGUGCCUGCAGAAGCUAAUACAAGGAACACUGGUCUUUUGACAAAAUACUUGUGUAAAUUUUGAUACUGUAUUAAAACUAUUUUUUUAAAGUUCUGCAUAAAAUUGAGUAUUAAGUAUGUGUUCAUCUUAGCACUGGUAAUA